CGCAAGUCUAUCGCGCAUGUGGGCGUGUCACCAACAAUUAAUGCAUUUACCGUAUUAUGCAGUCAACAGACUGAGCUUCCUGUCGACAAUUUUAACGAAUUUGUAUCUCUUUUAAUCACAAUGGAUGCCAUCAAGCGAUUUGGACGGAAAGCUAGGGAUAGCGUGAAGACUGUUACCCCUGAAAGUCCGAGUAGGUCUUCUGGCUAUGAAGAACAAGAAGCAUCGGGGUUCAUCUGCCCAACCUGUAUGGUGGCACUCUCCUCUCCGGAGCAGCUUCAAUCCCACUGGGAGUCAGUUCAUAACACAGACUUCGGAGGAGGAGCAGCGGCCAUGGAACCGGAGGUAGUAGCAUCACCGGCAGCAACCACCAAUGCUGCACGUCAGAAUUCAGUCCAAGCCAAUGACCGAGAUGGAGAUGUAGAGAUUUUACGUCAGGAAGUCAACGAAUUGAAGACCUCCUUGAAAGAAGAGCAAUGGUAUGCUACUGAAUUGAAGAAGGAGGUGGACAGAUUAAAGUCUGGUGAAGAGCCAAUGUUGAUAGAUGAUACAGAUUUGUUCAAAGAACAAUUGAAAAAGUCAGAGGAGAAUAGAUCACUAUUAUCUUCAGAGGUUGUCCUUUUAAGACAAGAUUUGGGUGAAUCCAAGCAGACAGCAACUAAUUAUAAGACCAUUAAAGAUGCCAUGGAGCAAAAAGCUGCUAGUUUGGCAGGGGAUGUAGCCACAAUCCGUGCAGAGCUAGACGAAGAGAAAGGGCACCACUUAGCUCUCAAAGAAGCCUUGGAACAGACUCAGUUUGAGCUGAGGGACAGGGACAAUCAACUCAAGGUCAUGGAGUCCCAAGCAUUACAAAGGACAGCUGAUGAUGACAUCACAGUUUUAAAGAAGGAGCUGGUUAGCAUUCAAACCCUGAUGGAUCAGAUGAGCCUGGAGGCGGAGGCGGAGAAGAAGGAGCUGGAGAAACACUGUGGAGAGCUCAAGACUAAGAACGAAGAGUCAGAAGCUCAGAUCAAGGCUUUACAGACAGAGAUAGAGAUUGCUCCUAAGAAAGAAGAGGUUCUGAAAUUGCAGUCUAGUAUCAGUGAGACCUCAUCAAGUAGUCAAGCUUUACAGCAACAGCUCAAAGAAGCCACAGACACAAACAACAGCUUACAACUCAAACUCACCGAGGUUCAGGGAAAUUUAAGAGAAAGCGAGGUUCUAAAGGAGAAAGUGCAGCAGGAGCUAGAUUUCACUCGCCAGCAGUUCCAACGAGACAUUAGCUCAAAGGACAACCAGAGUUCUGAUCUACAGAUACAGAUGUCAAAGGCAAACGAAAGGCUGCAGGAGUUGGAAGUUGCCAAUCAAAAGUUGAAGCAAGAACUUGAAUUCAGUGAGCAGCAACACCAACAUCAGCUCACCAGCAAGGGCAAUCAAAGUGUGGAGUUGCAGCAACAGAUUGAAAAGCUGCAAGCAUCCAUCAAGGAGAGAGAUGAGGAGGUGGAGAAGGUGAGGAAAGAUUUAUCUGGGAGUAGGCUGUCUGGUGAAGAUCAAAUCAGACACACGGAACAGAAACUGACUGCUCUCAAGCUAGAACACAGCAAGGUUGAGGAGGCUCUGAAGGAACAGCAGGGUCUAGUGAGUAGUCUACAACAGCAGCUUGACACAGCCAAACAGCAGUAUCAACAAGAGAGUAACCAUAGCGACGACCUAGGGUCACAGCUCAGAGACAAGGAAGCGCAGUUGGAGGAGCAUGCAAGAAAUCUCUCAGAAAGAGAUGCUAAGAUAACAGAUCUGGAGAGUACCAUUCAGAAGCAAAAAGAGGCCAAUGAGAAAAUGGAAGCAGAGAAGACAGAUCUGAUAUCACAGAUUCAGGCUGGAGAAGGGGUAGAGACUGCCAUCCAACAACUCAAACAAGAAGUGGAUGACUUCCAGAAGGAGGUAUCAGACCUGGAAGCAAGUAAAGAAACGCUGGCACAGGAGCAUCACGAGAAAACAGAACAGCUUUACAAACAGCUCAAAGAGGCCAAGAGUCACCUUGAAUCUGAGAAAGCCAAACUGGAAAGGACGGAAACAAAUCUGGCAGAUACAACCGGCAAGUUGGCAGGCACUCAGGAAAAACUUGUAGCUACGGAAGCUGAAGUCAAAUCAAAGAAUGAGUUGUUACAUGCUGCUGAAGCCUCCAUUGCAACCCAGAGGGCCGAUCUAGAGAGUCAUCUACGGACAUCACAGACAGCACUUGAAGAUAAGCAGAAGGACAUGGAUAGGGUCCAGGAACUACUCCAACAGACCAAGGAUGAACUGACUUCAUCCAAGGACCAGGUCAAAGGUCUUGAGACACAGGUUCAAGAGGUCAAAGGUGAACUAACCAACAGCCAGCACCAGUACUCACUACUGCAGACAGACUUGAAGAACAAGGACAACCAGAUAUCAACCAUUGAAGCUUCUAAAGAUGCUCAGAAAGCAGAGCUGGAGGAGAAGACUACUAACAUACAAGCAGUGGUGACAGAGAGACAGAAAGCUUUAGAUCUUAUCACAGAACAAUUCCAAACGACAUCUAAAGAUCUGACAUCGUGUGAAUCCAAGCUGGGCCAGACAGAAGCUUCUCUUCAAAGUACUCAGGAUCAACUAGCCUCCACUGCCAGUACUUUAGCUAAAAUGGAAGAAGAAAUGCAGUCUACCAAAGAUAGUCUGGAGUCAAAGUCUAGGGAGCUGACAGACCUCAGAUCAAAUAGUGAAAAGUCAAUCGAGGAAAGCCAGGCCGCUAUCUCAAAAUUGCAGAAGGAGAGAGAGGAAUUAGAAUCAACGCUCAAUGCCUCCAAUGCAGAGCAUCAGUAUCAGGUGAGUCAGAUCCAUGAUGAGUGGUGUUCCUUCAGGCAAUGA